GUUUCGCAUUCCCUACUGUACGGACCUCACCAUGUCGCCUCCAACACUCCGCACGGACGCUUCCCUCGUCGGGCACCGACUCACCCCGGUUCUCCGGCGGUGCAAGGGCGACGAAGCUCUCCCAUCGGAAGAACACCAGGCGAGAUUCGAGCCCGGCACGGCGCUGGCGGCCUACAACCGGGAUGAUCUGGAGACGCGGGUGAGAUGUAAGAAGCGCCCCACACCGCCGGCUAACGACACCCCGACACCCACUAAGAAAGCAAAAGCCGCACAACCCUCGGCCGCCGCCGCCACCACGGACUCUUCGGACGCCGAGAGCGGCGAGGAAUUGGAGGAUGAAGGAGCUCAGGGUGCACUUAGAAAACUCAAGCGCAUCUGCAGGGAACCAACCAUUCACACAGAGCCGGAGCGACUGGAGCGGGCCUUGCAGAAGGUCAUCGACACGGCCUCGAGCGCGAAGGCAAAAGAAUACUACGAGGGAGUUCGGGGGUUCUUCCUCAAAAACACAACAAGCUUCGGCAUCGGGCGAGAAGUGCUGAAGUUCGUGAUGACGAAGCAGGAACGCCGCUUCGCCGAAGAAGCGGAGAGGGCCACCGCGGCGCUCAGGGGAGGCAACAGGAAUGCCUUCUACUCACACGGGAGAGCACGAGCACCGGCAGCCACCUGGGGCCCGAAGGCCGGCCCCUCUCAUCCCCCCUCCCGCACGUGGGGACCCAGGCGCCGCACAGACGCGAGGGGAUGGAACCACCCCAGGUCUCACUCGGCGGGCAAGCGGAGCGGAGACGCCCAGAGAACCGAGGAGUGUUUCAACUGCAACGAGCGGGGCCACUGGCAGCGAGACUGCCCCCACCCAAAGCGCAAUUAAUUGAGAACUGACCAGAAACGGAACUAAACGAACUCGCUAUUUUAUUGUCAAGUUUGAAGCAAAUAGUUGGUAGUUUUUCACACAGUUGCUGAACACUCUUAUUUUGGUAGCAAGUUGGCCCUCCGCACCUAGGAGGAGUAGCGCAGAGUCUAGUAUGUUUAGCGGCAGAGACGAACGACGCCAUAGAACAGAGCCGAAACAUUUUACUUUCCCUUGUCGUUUUCUAAAUACAUGUAGGUACACCGUUUUUUAGUAGUUACCCAUGCUGUGAAAUAGGAGAGGCGGAAGGCCAUUGAAGGUAUUUCCUGAGGCCUGACGUCCUUAGCUACGCCAGCGUCCCGUAUUUUCUCUCACAUAUGCCAUGUACACCGUUUUGGAUACAGAUGUCGUAAACUAAUAGAAGCGGAAGGCCAUUGAAAGUGUUCCCCCGAGGCCUAACAUCUGUAGCUCAUAGUUGUCGGUUUGUCAUAGCUGUGUCCGAGGAUUUUCCAAUAAAAAAUUGAACCUAUAUGUGGCAAUGUGUUGUGGAGGUAUUUGGUGUUAUAGUUUGAAUUAUAGACCAUCGGUAGAAUCUAUGAAUAUGCUAAUGCUCGGUCAUCAAGAAACACCUAUCGCUUCCCCAGACAGAGUGGGGUAAUUAGAACGUUCAACCCGAUUUUGACAACUAACGCAAAACAAGCAAAAAGGUCACCCGCAUUUCAGUUUCGACUAUUGAGUUUUUUAAUAUUCACAACACAUACAAACAGGGCAGUACAGCCAUCCCUUAUAAGUUAAACGAGACAAACACUAGGUUUGUAUGUUGGCAUAAAAGUGAACCGCACUUUGUAUUUUUCCACCCAGGAAUACUCCC